GUGCGGGUGCGGUGGUGUGGCUGCUGCACCCCGCCCUCAUCGCCGUGUUCACACGGGACGCGGCGGUGGUGCAGCUGGUCAUGACGGCGCUGCCCAUGAUCUGUCUGCUCUUCCCGCUUGACGCCGCCGCCUCCAUCUUUGACGGCUCUCUGCUGGCCGCCAAGCAGUCCAACUACCUCUCUGCCGUACAAAUCGCCGGAUCUGUCGUACAGUACGGAGUGAUGUGGUGGCUGGUGGCGGCGGGUAACGUCACCACCUUCACCGUGUGGGCGGCGCUCAAGAUCGUACCCGUCUUCCGACUCAUCGGCGGCGUCCUCCGCACCUACUUCUCACCCCACAGCGCAUACAGCCUAGCAAC